AUGCUCAGAGUUGAUUCAAUGAGAUAUUCUUACCUCUUUCUUGUGGUUCUUACUUGGUUUGUGUUCAUCCAUAGUACCCAUGAACUGCAACUUGCUCAGUCCCAAGUUCUGUUUCAGUUAAGAAAGUAUCUGGAGUACCCUACCUCCCUGCAAAUGUGGAAAAAUUACUCUAGAGACCUUUGUAGCCUUCCUCCAUCUGCUCAUUUGAGCAUUAAGUGUGAGGGUAAUUCAGUAACUGAGCUUAAAAUUAUGGGAGAUAGAGAUAGAGCUGCGAAGGUUGACAAGUUCAAUGGAUAUGCAGUUCCGAAUCAGACACUGUCAAUGAGCUUCUCUAUUGAUUCUUUUGUGACUACAUUGGCAAGGUUAACCAACUUAAGGGUCCUUAGAUUGGUGUCCUUGGGCAUUUGGGGUCCACUUCCUGAAAAAAUCCAUAGGCUGUCUUUGCUUGAAGUUUUGGAUAUGAGCUUAAAUUUCUUAUAUGGUUCCGUGCCACCAAGAAUGUCUACAAUGACUAAGCUUCAUACAAUCACACUUGAUGGAAAUUAUUUGAACAGCACAAUGCCUGACUGGUUUGAUUCUUUAUCCAAUCUAAAUGUCUUGAGUUUGAAGAGCAACCACUUAAAGGGUUCAUUUCCCUCCUCACUAUGCAAAAUUGGGAGUCUUACUGAUAUUUCCUUGUCCCACAAUGAGUUGUCUGGUGGGUUGCCUGAUCUCACUGCUCUCUCUGGCCUACAUGUACUUGAUUUAAGGGAAAAUCAUUUAGAUUCUGAACUGCCAAUGAUGCCUAAAGAUGUAGUCACAAUUCUGCUCAGCAAAAAUUCUUUUUCAGGUGAGAUACCAAAUCAGUUUAGUGAAUUGGGUCAUCUUCAACAUCUAGAUCUUUCAUCAAAUCUUCUAAGUAAGAUCCCCCCAUCUUCCUUGUUCUCAUUACCAAACAUUAGCUAUUUGAACUUAGCCAGCAACGAGCUAUGUGGGCCUCUUCCACAAAAACUAAACUGUGGCAGCAAACUUGGGUUUGUGGAUAUCUCUAGUAACAAGUUAAAUGGCGAACUUCCUUCUUGCUUGGCUAAUACAUCAGGUAAAAGGGUUGUUAAAUAUGGUGGAAACUGUUUAUCUGUUGAUUCUCAACCUCAGCAGCGAGGGACUUACUGUAAACAGUCCAGUUCAGGAAGAAAGAACUUCUGGAAAUUGAAAAUAGCUGUAGCAGUUGCCAUUAUUAUUGUAAUUGUGCUUGUACUUUCAGCUUUUGGAGUUCUCUUUUAUAGAAAAUUUUAUUCAAGGGAGAUGUAUAGGCAUAAGAUGUUGCCUAAGGCUGUUCAAGAUAACUCAACAACAGGAGUUUCUUCUGAAGUCCUUGCUAGUGCUAGAUUCAUUUCUCAAGUAGCAAAGCUAGGGACACAUGCUAUUCCUACCUGUCGACAGUUUUCAAUUGAAGAGUUGAAUGAAGUCACAAGAAACUUUGAGUCGUCAACAUAUAUGGGUGAAGGCUCCUUAGGAAAGCUGUACAAAGGUAAACUUGACAAUGGAUCCUAUGUGGUGAUAAGAUGUGUGGCUCUGUCAAAGAAAUGCUCAAUACAAAAUCUUAAAGCUCGGUUGGAUUUCCUCUCAAAGCUUCACCAUCCAAAUUUGGUUAGCCUUUUGGGUCAUUGUGUUGAUAGUGACCAACAAAAUGAUUAUAGUGGCCUCAAACUUCAUCUUGUAUAUGAGUAUGUACCAAAUGGGAAUUAUCGAACCCAUCUGUCAGAAUUUUCAUCAGACAAGGCACUGAAGUGGUCUGAUAGAUUAGCAAUUUUAAUUGGAGUUGCCAAAGCUGUGCAUUUUUUACAUACUGGAGUUAUACCGGGUUGUUUCAGAAACCAAUUGAAGACAAACAAUAUUUUACUUGAUGAGCAUCACUUUCCAAAACUAAGUGACUAUGGUAUGUCCAUAAUUGCUGAGGAAAUCGAAUACCUUCAGGCAAAGGGAGAAAAUCCAAAAUCAUGCCAAAGAGAAAAGUUAGAAGAUGAUGUCUACAAUUUCGGAUUGAUAUUGUUCGAGUCUCUUGUUGGACCCAUAGCAUGCCAAAAAGGAGAAGCAUAUUUUCUUGAUGAAAAGAGAUCCUUUGACAGUCAAGAUGGUAGAAUUAAAAUGGUGGAUCCAGUAGUGUUGACCACUUGCUGUCCAGAGUCAUUAUCAAUUGCAACAUCUAUUGCAACCAAAUGCAUAUCCCCAGAAUCUCCAUCUCCUCCCUCUUUUGAAGAAGUCUUAUGGAACCUACAGUAUGCAGCUCAAGUCCAAGCCACAGCAGAUGCUGACCAAAAAUCAGAAUCUACAUCUUAA